AGGGGGAAUCCAGCCGACCGGAAUUACGAGUUUGCUUGGCUAUACUAGGUACCAUACUUGAAAGGCAUUCUGGUAAGAUGUAGCUCCGGCUGCGGACCGACCUGCUAUUGUUGGAAUGGUCGUAAAUGAUCUCAAUCUGUUCGAUCAAGAUGAAAAACAUGUUAGUCCCAGGUCUUAACAAUUUCUAGCAUGAGUAGUAUUCCUUUUAGUAUUAUUUUGAAAUUUUCCGAAAGAAAAGCGUACGCAACUGAUCCACGCAAUGGCGGACUCACAACCAACUUUGAAUAGUCUUGCAGCGAAGAUCACGGAGCUUACCGAAACCUUCACUCGUUAUCUUAAGGAGAAUAAUGUGCAGGAACCAACGUUCGCGGUCGAUAGCCCGACGAGCUAUACCAACCUAUCGCCGGAGAUCUUCAUUACGCGUCAUCAACUAUUAGAUGCCCUGUCAGACAUGUGGUAUCUAACGCAGGGGCCCAGCGAGAGUAUUUUCAACUACGUCCAUAAUUGCAUACCUGACGCUGCAACCCUCAACGUCUUGAAUUAUUUCGAUUUCUGGUCUGCCGUACCCCUAGACGGGUCUGCCUCCUAUGCCGAGAUCGCACAGCGUGUCUCCCUCCCCGAAGAUGUUGUUAAACGAAUCCUGUUACAUGCAGUGUACCUGCGCAUAUUCGAAGAGACCGAUCCUGGGAAAUCUUCUUCACGGAUUCGACAUAAUUCUCGAUCGGCCGCACUAGCACGCUCGUCGGGGCUUAAGGCACUUGUAUCUACAAUCCUGGACGAUGCUGGUGCGCCAGUAAUGGUCCUAAAUGAAGCUCUGGAUAGGUAUAGCCGCGGCAAGCCAGCUCUUACACAGAAUGUAAACGAGACAUCGUUUGCCUUAUUCCAUGGCGGCGGGCAGUUCGGCAAAUACACAAACUCUUGGGACCUACUUGAAAAUGAUGGCGAAGGAGAUAAGAAGGGCUGGCGGCAGAGGAACUUUGUUGAGUUCAUGCGCUAUGUAAAAGAGAUCUUUCAACUUGAAGGAGUUGUUCUUGACGCUCAUGACUGGAAGGCUGCAGGAAAAGCGGAAGUGGUCGAUAUCGGCGGCUCUGCAGGUCACGAUGCUAUAGUGCUAGCGCGCAAGUUCCCCGAACUAAGUAUCACAGUUCAAGACUUGCCAAAAGUGAAGCCUGUAUUUGACGCCAACCUUCCGGAGGACGUCAAAGAUCGUGUGUCAUUUGUGGAACAUGAUUUCUUCGAGCCGCAGCCGGUUCAGGCGGACAUUUACAUAUUCAAGAUGAUUCUUCACGACUGGCCGGACCACGAAGCGUCUAAAAUUUUACGGGCACUAAUUCCCGCUUUAAAGCCGGGCGCUCGUGUUAUCCUCUUUGAAUACAUUGGUAACCAAGGCGAAGGUGACAGCGAAGGACCGGCACUACCACGCACGAUUCAGCAGAUGGGUACGGCAACGGAUAUAAGACUAAUGGCACUAUUUAAUGGAAAGGAACGUCCCGUCGAGGCUUGGGCGAAGAUCUUGCGCGACGCCGAUGAACGGUUCGAGCUGGCGAAUGUUAAGGCCAAUCCAGUUACCUUCUUUGCUGUGAUCGACGCCGUUUGGAGAGGUUAGACAGAUGCAACCCCACAUAACUAAGCUUCUGUCUUCAGGUUCAUAGGAUACGCGCCGAUUCUCUCAAUUAAGGUAGGACUAUCAUUGAGGAG